AUGACGGAAACGAUGACGGUGACGGUGCGCCACGUGCUGUUUGUACUUUCCCUCGCGCUGUGCUGCGCCUGCGGGUGCGUGGCGGCGGUGCAGCAGAGGCCACCUGAGGUAUCGAGGGUGACUUCUCCUGCGGAAGUACCUGAAGGGAUGACACUGGAUCAGAUAAAGCAGAAAACAAAAGAGGCGAAGGGUGCGGUAGACAAGGCUGCUGAGAGGAUAACUAAGUACUUGACAAGAGCGGAGAACUUGGUCGAAAAAACAAAAACAGUCUUGAAAGCCAAUGCCGUUGCAAGCCACGGCGAUGUUUUGGGCACGGGGAGGGCGGCCGACGCGAUGCCGGACGUGCAGCGGCCGAUGAGUGCAAUAAAAUGGCAUGAAAAAGUAAUGAAGGAGGACCAGAACGCCUCACUUACAUCAUAUAAUUCGGUUUUGAACACGGCGCAGACGGAUACAAAAGAACGUUUGCAGGACGCUUAUGACCAUUUGAGAAAUGUGCAGGGUUUCUUGGCCAACGCUGACUUGAGAGCUGAGAGCGCAAGACAGAACGUAACGUUGGUUGUACAGGCGAUGAAAAAGGCCCUCCACAAACUACAGACUUCAGAGGCAUCCGUCAAACUGCUAGAGGAAGUGGAAUCGUUAAGCAAGACACUCGAACCGAUUUCACAAGCCACUGGUGGUGGAGAGGUGGCACCAGGCCAACCAG